AUGGUAAUGGUGGCCACCAAGUUCACUCCAGAGGUCCUCCUCUCUGCCCCGCGCCGCUCGCCCGCCGUGCCCAACGAGUCAGGAACCUUGGCACUAUACUCCGUCUCGACAUACUCUUUCGAGUCGCAUUCCCGGAGCGGCUCCAUCAACCUCCUCGACAUCAAGACUGGCAACUCGACUACGCUAUACACAGAACAGACAUACUCGGAGCCGACAUGGAUAUCAGAAACCGAGUUCCUGCUCAUAAAGAGCGGCGAAAAGGGUAGCUCGCAUCUGUUGGUCGCAGACGCAACCAAGACAGGUUCCGAACCAAAGGAGAUCAAGGUCUUCAAUGGCUCUAUAUCGAACCUCAAAGCCACAAAGCUCAGCCACGACACCCUGGCCUUCGUCGUCUCGGCACCCACCACGCCUACCGGCGAGCUCUACUACCCACCCGACGAGCCCAAGUCCUACUCUACCGGCAAGGUCUACACGGAGCUCUUCGUGAGGCAUUGGGAUUCCUACGUGACCAAGAACAAGUCCUCGCUGUGGUAUGGCACGCUCAAGAAGGGCACCCGCGAUCUUUGGAAUUUCCAGGGCUCGGCACUGGUCAACGCCCUCAAGGGCACCCGUCUCGAGAGCCCAGUCCCGCCCUUUGGAGGCUCGGGGGAUUUUGAUAUCAGCAGCGGGGGCCUCGUCUUUGUUGCCAGCGACCCGGACCUGAACCCGGCCUUGUGGACCAAGACGAACCUGUACUAUGUGCCGCUAAGCACCUUUACCGAAGACGAGGCCCCGGCCCCACAGGAGGUCAAGACGGGGCAUCUGCAAGGCUACAGCGGCUCGCCUGUCUUCUCGCAUUCGGGAAAGAGCGUCGUCUUCAAGCGCAUGAGACACCGACAGUACGAAAGCGACAAGUCGAGGCUGCUGUUGAUUCCGGACGUCAAGGACCUUAGCAAUGUUCAGGAGUUUUACAAGACCGACGACGGCGAGGGCAGCUGGGACCAGCGGCCUGACAACAUUGUCUGGAGUCAUGACGAUAAGGAGUUAUUUGUGACAGCCGAGGACAGGGGUAAAAAUCUGCUGUAUCGUCUACCGUCGUCACCUCUAGAGGCUACGGAACUCCCCAAGCCCCUGACUCAGCACGGCUCGACCGGUGACAUAUUCCUCUUGUCGUCUUCUUCAAACAAAAUCCUCACAACGUCGACAUCGCUUGUGGAUAGCUCUACCUACAGCGUUGUAGAUGCAGUUGCUAGUUCGUCGUCCGCAGCCACUGUCUCUGUCCUGUCUAGUGCCUCCAAAUCAGGCAAGUCGUUUGGUCUCCACCAGUCUCAAGUUUCGAGCAUCUGGUUCCCCGGCGCCGGCGACUACAAGGUUCAUGCCCUGGUUAUGAAGCCGUCCAACUUCGACGAGUCCAAGAAAUAUCCUCUAGCCUACUUCAUCCACGGUGGCCCACAAGGUGCCUGGAACGAGUCGUGGUCCACGCGGUGGAAUCCUGCCAUCUUCGCCGAGCAAGGCUAUGUCGUCGUGUCUCCAAACCCUACAGGAUCGACGGGCUAUGGUCAAGCCUUCACAGAUGCCAUCGCGACGCAAUGGGGCGGCCGUCCGUACCAGGACCUCGAGAAGGGUUUCGAAUACAUCCAGUCCAACCUUUCCUACGUCGACACGGACCGCGCCGUGGCCCUCGGUGCGUCGUAUGGAGGCUACAUGAUCAAUUGGAUCCAGGGCCACCCGCUGGGCCGCAAGUUCAAGGCCCUUGUGUGCCACGACGGCGUCUUCAGCACCAUGAGCGACUGGUCGACCGAGGAGCUCUUCUUCACCAUACACGACAUGGGCGGCACGCUCUGGGAGAACCGCGAGGGCUACGAGAAGUGGGACCCGGCUAGGUACGCCGGCGAGUGGGCCACGCCCCAGCUCAUUAUACACUCGGAGCUCGACUACCGGUUGCCCGUCACCGAGGGCCUCGCUGCCUUCAAUGUGCUGCAGACGAGGGGCGUCGACAGCAAGCUGUUGAUCUUCCCAGAUGAAAAUCAUUGGGUGCUGAAGCCGGAGAACUCGCUUGUCUGGCACAAGGAGGUGUUGGGGUGGGUUAACAAGUAUGUCGGCUUGGAUACUACCGGUCUAGUAGGAGACGAAGAAAAGUUGCAGAAACUGAGCAUAUGA